UUGCAGCUGGUGGUGUCGCCGCUGGUGGCGGGGCUGGCGGUGGGCAUCGGCGUGCCGAUCCUGCUGUUCUACGUGUACGGCGUCGUGCCCGUGUCGCUGUGCCGCGCCGGCGGGUGCGCCGCCGCGCCGCACCGCUACGACGACGAGCGAGAUGAGCGCGACGAGCGGGAUGCUGCGCCCGACGCGGACGCUGUCUCGCGUCGCCUCGAGCCCAGCAUUGGCGACACGUCGCUGUCCGCGGGCUCACAGCAGGCAGAGGCGCGCGCGCCGUCGCUGGCCGCGCUGGCGGGCUCGCUGGGCGGGCACGAGGCGCCGUCGCCCGCCGCGCACCGGCUCGAGGUGACGGUGGACGUAGCCGCGUCCGCCGCCUCCGACACCGCCAGCGCUGCCUCGUGGCCCGACGAUCUGCCCUCCACCUCGUCGCGCUCCGCACGCCUGCGCAGCCUGUUCCUGUACGGCUCGGCCGCGCCGCCGCCCGACCCCGAGGCGGGCGCCUGCCCCCCGCCCACUGCGCCCCGCUCCGCCACGCCCGACGCCUCGUAA